AUCUUCUUCAUCACCAUACUCCAUAGCCUUCAAUUCUCUCAGCAACCCAACAGAACCAGAACCCCAAUAACAAACACACACACAGACCAACACGAAAAUGGGCGAGAGGAAACCAAACAAAGUCACACAAGCCGCCCUUCUGAAACAAAUUAUAAAGAGGUGUUCAAGCAUAGGGAAGAAGCAUUGGUACGACGUUGUUGACGGCCUUCCACUAGACGUUCCGAAAGGACACUUUCCGGUCUACGUCGGAGUCAACAGAUCACGAUAUAUCGUCCCGAUUUCAUUCCUUUCUUAUCCUGAAUUUCAACGCCUGCUGCGGUGGUCGGAAGAAGAAUACGGUUUCAAUCACGAUAUGGGUCUCGCGAUCCCAUGUGAAGAAGACGUUUUCCAAUCACUCACGUCCAUGCUCCGGUGACCUCCCUUCUCAACAUGUUUGUUUUACGAUCAUUCUACUCCGUUUGCUAGUGAUCGUCGGUUAAGUUUCCGGUCCCAUCACGAAUUUUUUGAAGAGAGAUGGUUCUGAGAUGAGGCACGUCUGUAUGGUGUAUGCUUCGUAUUCUCUUUUUUGAAGGCCAGUCUGUUUUCCAGAGUCAAUUUUCUGAAAAUCCAGCAAUCGUAUACGUUUCAAAGGAAACUGCGCAACUUAAGAAGACUAGUUUUCUGGAUUUAGAAUUUACAGCUCUGAAUUGGAAGAACUGCCUUUUUUUUUUCUUAUAAAUCUCUCUUCAUUUAUUUUGUGAUAUAAACUUUCUAUCUUUUAACGGAGUUAUAAUAUUAUAUGAACCGAAUGUUUGGGUGGGGUUAUUUAUUGUAAUGACUUUUAUACCCGAAAGAAAUCAUUAUUUUUCUAUUUA